UGCAGGCAACGAGAAGAAAUUUUUAGUGCUAAACCAUUCCUGCCGCCUUCAAUUUUCUGCGUCGGAGGUGAUCUGGCAGAUGAAGCCUUAUCGCGAUAAUUGUAGGAAUCCGCACACUGACCUCGGCUUCCCCGUCAGCCCGUAUCCUCUGAAUCCUCUUGAUUUGUGCUCCUCUCUUCGGCAGUGAUCGGCAAUGGAAAUUGCAAGAAACGCCGUGUUUGCACCUUGCCCCACCCUCCCGGCCCCGCCCCGCUUGUUUCUGACGCCGGUGGUGGUGAGGUUCUGCGGCGGCCGGAGGGAAUUGGUGGCGGCGGCUUCGCUGGACAAAGAAGGGGUUGGAGGUGAAGGUGGCCGCGCCGCUUGGAGGAACCUCAGUAUGGCCAGUUCUAACUAUGUGGUUCCACUUGACGUGCAGACACCGGGUCUCAUUCGCCCUCUUGCAGAGAUCCUGCGCGACCUCAACCGGCGGGUUUCGGAGAAGAUCAUCAGCCCUGAAAAUAACUCCAUUCCAUGGUAUCAUGCAAACAGAAUGCUGAGCUUCUAUGCUCCAGGCUGGUGUGGAGAAGUACGUGAUGUAAUAUUCUCCGAUGACAGAAGCGUAACAGUGGUGUACCGUGUCACAGUACGAGGAUCAGAUGGAGAGGCACACCGUGAAUCUACAGGAACAGUGUCCUUAAGAGAUAGCCAGUUUGAAGAUCCCGUUGCUGCUGCAGAAGAAUUAGCUUUCUGUAGAGCCUCUGCCCGGUUUGGCUUUGGCUUGCAUCUCUACCAUGAAGAUUAUUAGGCUGUUUUGUUUAGCUGGAAAGAGAGUAUUUUAUUUUUUCUGAAACUGGGCUGCAUUGUCAUAUUAAAGCAUGUUAGAAAUAUUUACUGUAAAUAUGAAUCUUGCUUUUUAAUUGGUUGUGUGGGUUUGUUGUUAGGCUUAUGGAAUUAAAUACCUUUUUUUUUUAUU